AUGCAGAUCCCUCAAACUCUGAAGGAGACGCAGAAGCUGGUCGGCAGGAUAACAGCCCUGUCCCGAUUUAUCUCUAAAUCCGCAGAUAGAGCGGCGCCCUUUUUCAAAGUGCUCAGGAAAGCGGCCAAGUUUCAGUGGACGGAAGAAUGUACACAGGCCUUUGAAGAGCUGAAGCAGUACCUAGAGUCUUUGCCAUCGCUGUUUAAGCCUGUUGUGGGAGAGCCUCUUUGGGUCUACUUGUCAGCUACCCCUGAGGCUGUGGGGGCUGUGCUGGUUAAAGAACAGGACAAUACAACCGGGCAAUUUGGGGUGAAUAGCAAGAGGAUGCAAGUUUAUAAGGAGGCUUAUGAAAAGAUGAAGGGAGAAUUCAAAGAGAUCACAGUCACGAAGAUUCCUAGAACUGAAAAUGAAAGAGCGGAUGAGUUAGCUAAAAUGGCUAGUUCCCUGGGUACAUGGACGCUCGACCAAUCUAUAGCGCAGACCUUUCUUGUAGCCCAGGUAGAUUUACAGAAUAACGCGGGAGAAGUAAUUGAUUGGAGAGCACCCAUAAUGAGCUUUCUUCAGCGAGGAGCCAUACCCACCAGCCCUGAGGAAGCGCGUAUGAUCAGAAGGCAAGCCCACUCUUAUGCAAUGAUUGGGGAUCAGCUGUACAAGAGGUCUUUCUCCCGGCCUCUACUCAAGUACCUGAAUAUGGAGGAGGCGGACCAGGCCUUGCGAGAGAUACAUUCGGGGUGCUGUGGUAAUCAUGCUAGGGGAAGAACGCUGGCUCGGAAGGUACUGCUGGCUGGUUAUUUCUGGCCUACCUUGCAGAAGGACGCACAGAGGUUGGUGAAUACCUGUCUAUCAUGCCAGAAUUACCAGAACCUAACGCAUAGACCUACAGAGCUGCUGAGAACUUCUACAGUAUCCUGCCCUUUUGACCAAUGGGGUAUGGAUAGCGUGGGGCAUUUCCCGAUGGCUAUCGGGCAGAGGCGUUUCUUGUUGGUUGCAGUAGACUACUUCUCUAAGUGGGUAGAAGCGGAGGCUUUAGCCAGAAUCACUGAAGAUGCGACCGAGGUGGUCAAUCGGGAGAUAGUACGCGGGCUUAAAGUCAAGCUGGAUCACGUGGGAGGCAGCUGGGUAGAUGAGCUCCCAGGCAUUUUGUGGGCCUACCGUACGACGCCCCGAGAAAGUACAGGUCUGACACCUUUCAAUCUGGUCUACGGUAAUGAAGCGGUGGUUCCCCUGGAAGUCGGGAUACCUUCUGUAAGAAGGAUGAUGUACGACGGAGAAAACACCGAGCGGCGGCUGGCGGAACUGGAUUUUAUCAGCGAAAUUCGUGAGCAAGCAGCUGCCAGGUUGGAAGCCUAUAGACAGAGGAUGAGACAGAACUAUAAUAGGAAGGUGAUCCCUCGGUUUUCGGAGAAGGUGAUCUGGUCUGGAAGCAGAUAA